AUGACUCCAGCUACUGUUGGUUCUAGCCAUGUUGGUAAUUUAACACCUGAUCUUCAAAACGUUAUAUUAUCUACUGCUAUCGUUAAUAUUUUUGAUAAAAAUGGAAAAAGGGUAGCGGCCCGAGCAUUACUGGAUUCCGGAAGUCAAAUGUCGUUUUUGACUGACGAUUUGGCCCAAAAAAUAGGUCAUAAGAGUUUUUAUAAGGUUCACAAUAUCACUGGUAUUUCUGGAACAGUAACGAAAGCUUCCAGAAUGAUUAAAAUUCAUAUGGAAUCGAUGCAUUUUCCUAAAAGGUUCCAUUUGACCUGUACUAUUUUGGAGAAUAUUACCACAAAACUGUCUCAGUUACCGAUAGACAAAGGUAUUUUCAAUAUUCCCGAUCACAUCAAUCUCGCCGACAGUAGUUUUCAUAUUCCUGAAAAAAUCGAUUUGCUCAUUAGAGCCGAUUUGUACUUCGAACUUUUGAUUCCUGAAAUCAUAAGAUUAGGAAAGGGACACCCUGUAUUACAGAAUUCAUAUCUGGGUUGGUUAGUAGCAGGUCAAACGCCCUUAACUGCAAAUUAUAGUUCGCAUUUUGCAUUUCUCAAUGUGUGUAAUACAUUUUUGGACACUGAAGAAAUUAGUUUGAAUGACUUUAUACCCAGGUUUUGGCAAUUAGAGGAAAUAUCGAACGAACGUUCUUUAUCAAGCGAAGACAGACUUUGUGAGGAGAUUUUUCAAAAUUCAGUUGUUAGAGUGGAUAGUGGAUCCUUUCAGGUUGAUAUUCCAUUUUUGUCUCAGGAACAUAUACAGAAAUUGGGUGAUACAUUUCAGUCAGCACGAAGUAGAUUUUUCUCUUUGGAAAAGAAGUUUCAGCAGGAUCCAGAGUAUAGGAAUAAUUACAUAACAUUCAUUAAUGAAUAUAUCCGUUUGGGUCAUGCUAAAUAUGUCGAAUUUGAUUCUGACAAUCCUGAGACCUACAAGGGUAAAGUUUUCUUGCCCCACCACGGUGUUGUUAAGGAAAACAGCACUUCUACGCCUCUGAGAGUGGUAUUUGAUGCUUCUAUGAAGACAACAUCCGGAUUUUCCUUGAACGACAUAAUGCUUAAAGGGUUUUCUACACAACCAGAAUUGUUCGAUAUUCUGGUCCGAUUUAGAAUAUUCAAGUAUGUAUUGACUACAGAUGUUCAAAGAAUGUUUAGGAUGAUCUGGAUUUCUCCGAAACAUAGAACAUUUCAGAACAUUUUAUGGCGGGAGAGGCCCACAGAUUCGCUAAAAUGCCUUGAAUUGGAAACUGUAACUUAUGGUACCAGAAGCGCUCCCUUCUUGGCAACUCGUUAUCUUAAAAAACUAGCUCAAAUGAAAAGGUGA